AUGCUUUCAACACCUUUGUUUUUAAAACGCGUUAAUGCUCAUCUUGAAAAAUUUGAUAACAAUAAUACAAAAUUGGAUAAUAGCCAUCCUCCCACACACAAACUCUCUCCCCCCCCCGUUAGAGCUCCACCUAUGGAACCGAGUAAUAAUGACAUCAGACUCAUUUUCGAAAAGAGACUGCUCACUGACCUCGAAGAUAUGGAUGAUCCGUUGGAAUUAUUCCUAGAUUAUAUUUCAUGGAUACAUGAAGCAAAUGAAAAUUUCGAUUUUCUAAUAGACAUCAUGGAACGUUGUCUAUCAUACAUCAAGAGUUUUGAAACAUAUCACAAUGAUCCAAGAUUCUUGAAAAUUUGGUUACUUUAUAUGGAUUUUAUCAAAUCUGAAAACUUAAAUGAUUAUUUGACAAUAUUCAAUUUUAUGUAUUCAAAUAAUAUCGGUUCCAAAUUGUCCUUGUUCUAUGAAGAGUAUUCGAAACUAUUAUGGAAAGCUAAUCUCAAUUUAGAAUCUCUCUAUAUCCUAAACGUGGGAAUAAAUCAAAAUUCAAGACCUUACAAUAGAUUGAUUAAAAAAUUCAAUGAUAUUGAGACAAAACUUCGAGAAUUGGACCUUUUCCAAGAUAAUUGGCAGCAAUUAGUUAAUUUUAAUAUAUUCCAAUCAAAUGAUGACCCACCUUUUAUAAAACUUAAAAUUUUGAAUGAUUCACCCGUUAAAAAGACAUCAAAAUUAAAUGUCUUUAAUGAUAAUAAUAAUGAUAAUAACAAUAAUAAUAUCAACAGCAACACUACCACUAAUAAUAAUAAUAAUAAUGAUAAUAUUCCAGUCUACAAAAUUGUAAAUAUAGAAAAUAGGAAGCCUGAGAAAAUUGACUGCAAUUUCGACCUUAUCUAUAACUCAUCAGAAUUUAAUUUUGAUCAAAUUUUAGCUCUAUCAAGAAAUGUUUACCAUAAGAAUAAUUAUAAAUCAAAGAAAAGAAAAUUAGCUCCUUUACAGGAAAAACCAAAGCCUCCACUAUUGACCUCCACUCAAAAUGAUCAACAAAACGGUGUAAUAACAAAAACUUCAAUCUUACCAUUAAAGGACUCCUCAGUCGAGAAUACAAUCAAGUCAAAUAAACUUUUAACAUCCUCACCAACUCAAACUGUAACGUUCUUCUCCAAAGAUGCAAUGAAAGAAGUUUACUCAAUGUUCAACCAGGAUUAUAAAGAUCCAAGCAUAUCUACUAAUAAUGAUGAAAAUACAACGAAUAGAUUUUCAAUCUAUGAAAAUUUUACUCAGGAAUUCACAAGACCAAAUAUUGAUGAUUUAACUGAAGUUAAACAACCUGUCGCGAAAGAAGUUGACAACGAGAUUGUAAAAUCUCCUGAACCACAAUAUCAAAAUAUAAAUCAAGGUUUCAUUACUCCAAUCAAAGAGAUAUCUGAAACCACAAUUGAGCAUAAAGAACAAAAUUUUACAUCAACACAAAGUUCCCCAUUCUUAACGCAACCACGUCAACAAAUUAUAGAACAUCCACUCGACGAAUCCCUAAGAGCAUCUCUAUUAUCCACAAUUUCACCGCCUUUAACAAAGUAUGACACCUUUUAUAGUUAUGAUAAGUCAUUAAAAAUGAGUUCAUAUUUGAAAAAAAUCCAUAGGUUAUCAAUCAAUGAAAACAAAAAUCCUAUUGUAGAUUUCAAGAUGACAAGUGAUCUCUACUGUAUAAGAGGUGAGUUGGGUCAAGGUGGUUACGCUACGGUAUAUUUAGCAGAAUCAAGUACAGGUGAUCUUAAAGCAUUAAAAGUUGAAAAACCAGCGAAUGUUUGGGAAUAUUACAUUUUAAAACAAAUCCAAAAUAGGUUACAAGGUUCAAACAUUUUGAAUUCUGUCAUCGAUGCCAGCUCUCUACAUUGUUUCUUAGAUGAAAGUUAUUUAGUAUUAAAUUAUGCAAAUCAAGGUACUGUAUUGGAUUUGAUUAAUAUUACAAAGGAUAAAAAUGACUCAGUUGAUGAAAUCUUAUGCAUGUUUUUAACUGUUGAAAUAAUGAAAAUUGUUGAAACUUUGCAUGAAAUUGGAAUCAUUCAUGGGGAUUUGAAACCAGAAAAUUGUAUGAUUCGAUUUGAAUCUUAUAAAAAUCUGGGGAAGUAUAACGCCCAAGGUGCAAAUGGUUGGAAUAAGAAAGGUGUCUAUUUAAUUGAUUUUGGUAGGUCGUUCGAUUUAACGUUAUUUGAGCCGGGUAUAAAAUUUAAAGCUGAUUGGAAGACCGAUCAACAAGAUUGUUAUGAAAUGCGAAUGGGCAAACCAUGGAGUUAUGAAGCAGAUUAUUAUGGAUUAGCAAGCAUCAUUCAUUCAAUGUUGUUUGGAAAGUUGAUUGAAACUAUUGACUCACCUAAUGGGAAAGUCAAACUUAAAAAUAAUCUUAAAAGAUAUUGGCAAAAAGAUUUAUGGCAAACAGUCUUUGAUACCUUGUUGAAUAGUAAUAAUUUUAGCAAAUUACCCAUUACAUCUACUUUGAAAUCAGUUCGUAACAAUAUUGAGUCAUUUUUAGUCGACAAAAGUUCUGACAAUUUAAGGAAGCUCAUCCUAGAUCUCGAACCAGAAUUAUCUAGAAAUAAAGAUAUAUUAAAGGAUUCCAAAAAAAAGCGAACAUCCUGA